AAGACUCAAGGCCUGUUUUGCUGCAUGAGUAACAAGCUAUGAAUUCUGUACCUCUGCGUGUAGUACUAAAUGAUGGUCACCUCAUCCCUGUCCUGGGGUUUGGAACCACUGUGCCUGAUAAGGUUCCUAAAGAUGAACUUACCAAGUCUACUAAAAUAGCUAUAGAUGCUGGGUUGCGCCAUUUUGACUCCGCUUAUUUGUACCAAAUAGAAGAGGAAGUGGGACAGGCCAUUAGAAGCAAGAUUGAAGAUGGCACUGUGAAGAGAGAAGAUAUAUUCUAUACUUCAAAGCUUUGGAGCACUUUCCAUCGACCAGAAUUGGUCCGAUCGUGCUUGGAAAAGACACUGAAGAACACUCAAUUGGACUAUGUUGAUCUUUACCUUAUUCAUUUCCCAAUGGCUUUGCAGCCUGGAGAUAAAAUAUUUCCACGAGAUGAACAUGGGAAACCGUUGGCUGAAGUAGUGGAUCUCUGUGCCACAUGGGAGGCCAUGGAGAAGUGUAAGGAUGCAGGGUUGGCUAAGUCCAUCGGUGUGUCCAACUUUAACCGCAGGCAGCUGGAGAUGAUCCUGAACAAGCCAGGGCUCAAGUACAAGCCUGUGUGUAACCAGGUAGAAUGUCAUCUUUAUCUCAACCAGAGCAAAAUGCUGGACUAUUGUAAGUCAAAAGACAUCAUUCUGGUUUCCUACUGCACAUUGGGAAGUUCACGAGACAAAACCUGGGUGGACCAGAAAAGUCCAGUUCUCUUAGAGGAUCCAAUUCUUCGUGUCAUGGCAAAUAAGUAUAAGCAGACACCAGCACUGAUUGCCAUUCGUUACCAGUUGCAGCGUGGGAUUGUGGUCCUGGCCAGGAGCUUCAAUGAGAAUCGGAUCAAACAGUUCUUGCAGGUUUUUGAAUUCCAGUUGGCUUCAGAGGACAUGAAAAUCCUGGAUGGCUUGAACAGAAAUUUAAGAUACAAUCCUGCAACGUAUUUUGGUGAUCAUCCCAAUCAUCCUUUUAUUGAUGAAUAUUAACUCGGUGGCCUUUGUCAGCAUUUCUAUCAGAAGAUCUGUUUAUGCAUUGUGAUAUGAGAGGUAUCUUGGAUACUGGUGACUCAAGACAUCCCUUCUCAUCAGAUCACUGUGUCUGUUAAUUCACUGUCAGCUGGAGCAAAGUCCAAAGAGCUAUGAGGGUAGCCAUAUUUUUGUCAUACUCUGAAAUGGAACAUCAAGUUGCUUUUCCUAUUCUUGUGUUUUUAGUGAUUCAUUCAUUUUAUUUUACAUAUAUGAGUGUUUUACUUACAUGUGCAUAUAUCUCAUAAAUGUCUGUGUCCAUGCAGAAAAGAAGAAUGUUACAGGUCACUUGGAAUUGGUGAUUGUGAAUCACCAUGUGGGUACUGGGAGCCAAAGCUAAAUUUUCUGUAAGAGCAAAAGUGCCUUUAAACCCUGAGCCAUCUCAUUAGGUCCCACCCUAAAGAUUUUUUUCUUUUCUUUUUUUUCUUUUCUAAAUUCUUGCCUGCUACUAUUUCUGUGACUUCAAUUUUUUGUUUUCUUCUGACUUCUGGCAACAAUCUGAUUUGCUAGAAGUCUUAGGCAUGAAGUGGGAGUCAAGGACAGUCAUUGCAAAAGCAAUUCUGGGUGGGGGUUGAAGGGAUUUUCAGCAUUCAGGGAAUUAAUUGUUAGAGGUUAUGGUUAAGUCAAUAUUCCUCAUGUCCUUUGAGGAAGAAGAAAAUACUCAAUAGCGCUUCCCGUUUUCUUAGGUUGGAGGUAAGGCACAUGUGGCAGGAGUGACCAAGAGACCCAGGGUUCUCUCCAACAGCCCAAGAACCAGAGCUCCAAGAGCCUGGAGAGUAAGUUCUCCUUGUGGGAAGGUUGGGAAGUUGGUAAGAAGAGAGCUAAUCUAAAAGCAUCACCAUGACUCAUAUGUGAGGAGGUUGAGAAGAAAGUUGAAUAUAUCUCUGCUUGGGGAAUAUAUCAUCAUUUUUGGUAAUUACACAUGACCAGUAAAAGGGAAAUCUGCAUAUUUCAUCCAAGACAGACAGCUAGACUUGAUAUUUAUAUUUUCAAGGGUUUCAGCAGUUGUAUUAUUGAGCUAUGGCAAGAAAAACCAAUUCACAUGAGUAUAAAUUUCAUAUUCAUCAAAUUUGAUCAGACUUAAAAAUUGAUUUUGUGAAACUUGAUUUUAUAUGUUUAUAGGUAAUCAAGUCAGACUUACAAAAGAAGAUAUCAAAGUUCCUAAAUUUUGUAGUCAAAUUAAUAUUAAAAGAUCAUAUCUGAUAAAACAAAUCAUUUAGAUUUUCAGAAAUUAAUUGAAAUACUGUAUUUGAAUCAGCUGUGUUUUAAAGGUUGUUAACAUUUGAUGGUAUCUUUUGCACAAAGAAUUAUCUUAAGAGAAAUCAGAGAGGAAAGAUAGUAUGAAUGAGUCUUUGUAGAAGGUUCAGAAGAAUGUAGAGGCAAAUAUUAUUUAGGAUACAGUUAGAUUUAUAUAUUUCAUUAAUAAAUGCCUCAACUAAGAACUUUUUGAGACAGUUUCCCAUUACAUACCCCUGACUGGUGUGGCACUUGCUAUGUAGACCAGAAUGUUCUGGAACUCACAGAUCCACCUAGGAUUCUUGUCUCUAGAAUGCUCAGAUUAAAGACAUAAUCUAUCUAUCUAUCUAUCUAUCUAUCUAUCUAUCUAUCUAUCUAUCUAUCUAUAUCUUUCUAUUUGAUGACUCUUAGAGAAAAAGAAAAUAAUUAUCAAAAAGCAAUAAAAUUACUAGUUAUUUAUUGAUAAUUCUUUAAAAUAUGAAUAAUACAAUAAAAUUCUAUAAAUUUAUUGAAAUGUGCUGAUACAGUGAAACUGUCAUGUUUUUAUUAACAAGUGGAAUAACAUAUAUGAAUGUUAUAACAGGGACUAUGAAAUGUCUUGAAAUGUAUUAAACGACAGAUUAAAAAGUAGACAUUGGGGCUAGGGAGAUGGCUCAGAGGUUAAGAGCACUGGCUAUUCUUCCGAAAGUCAUGAGUUCAAUUCCCAGCAACUACAUGGUGGCUCACAACCAUCUAUAAUUGGAUCUAAUGCCCUCUUCUUGUGUCUGAAGACAGUGACAGUGUACUCAUAUAUACAAAAAUAAAUAAAUCUUAAAAAAUGUAGACACUUAUAUCAUGAUCACAGUCUCAACGUAAAUGGGCUCAAUUUACUUUGCUGACCCAAGUUCUAAACCAACCAACAUUUCCAAUGCUAUAGCAAACACAUGCUUAGACUUACUCUUUUUUGGAGGUUGAUAAGGGGAUUGGAUAAAAAUUUUACAUAACAUUGAUAAGUCAUAAUAAAGUUACUCUUAAAUAGAUUUAUGGAGAAGUUUGUAUUCUAUAUAACAAGGCUGACUUGGAGCAUUAUAAAGAAUAUAUAGAAAUUAAAUAUAUUAGGACUGGAGUGAUGGCUUAUUCAGAGAAAUGCUUGCUUUGAAACCAUGAAGACUGGAGUUUGACCCCAAACCCACAUUUCAUAAGCCAGGAAUGGCAACACGCCACUUGUAAAUUUAGUGUUGGGGAGGCAGAGACAGGUGUAUUCAUGGCUUUGCUUCCUAGCCUACUUGGCAGAUUCCAGAGCAGUGAGAGAUCAAGCCAAUAAAACAACAAAAAUAAAAACAAAACCCCAAACAGAAAAAUGAACAGCACCUUAAAAAUAACAAACAAGGUUCUCCUCCAUCUUCCACACACUCACACAUGCUCGUGUUGUACACAUGUGUACAACUAAAUUAAAUAUGCCAGUUAGAAUAAAAGCAGCAUAUCCAGUGUAGCAUGGAGACAGGGCAGAAGUUCAUCUAUCUUGUAGUUUUGCUGAGGCCAUUUUAGGUUUAACUAGAAGGUGAUCUCCUUUCACAACUUGCUAUUCUAGGAACCUAUGGUCAAGAUGUUCCAGCUACAUUAUCUCAGUUUCUGUUAAACUGCUUGAAAUUUCUAAGAAACCGCUAAACAAAAGAACAAAAUAUAGUUCUUUUUUAAUCUUUAAAAGCAUCUUGUUCUAAAUGCUCAGCACUGCUCAUGGGUCCUGAAUACCUGAGUGUAGCCCCAGUCAGCUGGAAUAAAGGUUUUCAGUUGGCUAUA